UUCUGAGAUUCUAUUGGAUGGCUCCAGUGGAAAAAGAUUAGACCCUUCAGAAGCAAAUUGACUAGGGCAGAAUCAGGAAGACCAUACAUGUCAGAAGGAAGGGAACCUACAAUGGAAGAUCACAAAGAUCAGCUAGACUACGAGUCAGAAAAAGUGGAAAUCUUAAGAUUGGCCCAGUCAAAGAAGAACAUUAGCAGUUUGAACAUGGACCUUGAAAGGGAUAUGCAGAAAAUAGAUGAAGCAAAUCAGGAACUUCUUCAGAAAAUCCAUGAGAAAGAAGAUGAGAUUCAGAGACUAGAAAGUGAGAUCAUGCAGACCAAAGACGUGGCAGAUGAGGAGGAGUGGGUGGAGAACUGCAGCACAAUGGAAAGGGAGAAAGCCUUGCAGGAGCUGGAAGAAGAAACAGCCAAACUUGAAAGGAAGAACGAGGCUCUGGUCCACAGUAUAGCAGAACUUCAAAAAAAGCUCACAAGCAAAUCACAAAAGACAAUCAAGUAUGAACAAAGCAGUCUAAAAGGAACCCCAGAAGAGUCAAAGGUUAAGUUAAAACAGUUGGAAGCUUCUUGUGCAGACCAGGAGAAGCAGCUGGCCAAGGUAAUGGAAGACUAUGCUUUUGUGGCUCAGCUCUGUGAAGAUCAGGCUCUCUGCAUAAAGAAGUACCAGGAAACUUUGCGGAAAAUAGAAGAAGAACUAGAGACUCGGUUCCUUGAGAGAGAAGUAUCAAAAGUCAUAAGCAUGGAUUCUGCAAGAAAUAGCUGUAAAAGUCAAAAUAACAAGAAUACUUCUUUCCUGAAGAAGAUAGCACUGUUCUAUAAAAGGAUUUUUCGAUAUUUCUUUUUUACCACACUGUUUUCCCUGAAACUGCUGGGCUACUUGAUUUUCCAUAUAACUUUUAUAAAUCCAGACCUCCUUAUCAAUGUACUGCCCAAGUUACUGAGCAGGGACAUCAUGUGGAAGCUCCGAUGCCUCCUCUUUCCAUCUCUGACACUUGAGACAGAGGACAUAUUACCCCACUGAUCCUCAAGAAAUGUCCUUGAACAAAAGAAGGCAAGUGGCAUCUGAGUCUGCAGACUCCAUGCUGGAACUAUCUGCUGGAUGGAAGAAGUCCUCUUCAGUUUUUCCCUUGAGAUUUGCCUACUUGAUUAUCUUCCUUCCCCAGGUUCUUUACGAAAUUGACCUUGCCCAGCAAAGAGCUCUGUCAAUAAAUUUCUCUGACUAUAUGGAAAAGCUCAG